UCUCUACGAAUAACACACACCAGCAACGCUGUUUGGUAUAAUGACCUACCAAUCCGAGGUUCAUUCUCAUACUCGCAGUUUCAGCACGAUUGUAUACCACGUCUUGUUAUCUUAUCUCUCUAUCUCUGAGACUUGGACCAAACACAUGGUCAUUGGACAUCUGUAAUACAGCAUUCAUAUCUGGAUAUACUACUUGGUGUUAUCACUAAGAGUUAUUAUUCUAGUUUAUUCUACGGUAAUAUUUUAAAGGUGAAACUAUAGGUUCAUCGCUGCCAGUGAUACUUUGAUAUCAUCAACCAUUACCGACUAUUAGACGACCAUUGUUGGAUUCUUACCCCAUUCGUCGACUGGGAACUGGUUUUUACUCAAGUUUCUGAUUGGAUUCAUCACCGUCGACAAUGAUGACGCGGUUGCCAUGGUUACGAGGGAUAGCGGUGGUAUCCAUGAUACUCCUCUCCAUUAAUCAAGGUUCUGCACAGCAAGCCUUCCAGAUCCAGCCCGACCCCACAUACGAGCGUGCUAUCGGUGAAUCGGUUAUCCUCCUCUGCUCCGUAACAGGCAAGGAAGGAGCUCUGACAUGGGUUAAAGACAGUACUACAGCCAUCUCAGCAGAUCGAGUCAUCGUCGGCACUGGUGAUUAUGAGAUCACAGGAGAUGACGCAAGCGGGAGUUAUAAUCUCCUCAUCAUGAAUCUGACUGAGAGUGAUUCUGGGAGCUAUAUGUGCAGGGUGUCAGCGGCAGGAUCAAGCUCUGCUCUGAGCUCAUCAGCAGCUCAACUCACCGUCUCACCGAUUCCAGUCCAGGCAUUCAGCACUGGACCCAGCGACACUCCGGCCCUUACCGGUAACUCCGCCACUCUUCUAUGCGUCAUCGAAAACAAAGAGGGCACCGUCGAGUGGCUUAAAGACGGCUCCGUCAUCAGCGAGGACUCCGCGAUCACCGACACCUCUCUCACUCGUUACAGCAUCAUCGGUACGGCGUCGAACGGCGAGUUUAACCUCCAGAUCGUUACUCUUCAAGAAAGCGAUAUGGGGACGUACAGCUGCCGCGUGAGUGCUGCAGGGGACAGCGACGCCAUUGCUUCAGGAAACGCCGAGCUGACUGUUCGAGAUGCAAGUGAAGUCCAGAGCAUUGUGAUCCCACCGUCUGAUGUGACAGCUGUAGUUGGUACAUCGGCUACCAUGGUAUGCUACGUGUCGGCUCUAUCAGGGUCUGUGCUCUGGAUUAAAGAUGGCGUCCAGAUCAGCAGGAAUAGGGAACUAGUCAACGGAGAUGCAAGCGGUCGUCUGUCUAUCCAAGGCACCGAUGAGGAGGGCAAAUAUGAACUGUACAUCAGUAGAGUGGAAGAGAAUGACCAGGCCAUCUAUUUCUGUGUCCUCUCACAGUCGGAGGUAGAUUCCCCCGUGUCUUCAUCGCCUGCAACCCUCACAGUGGAAGCUGCUAUUGAGCCAAACACUAUGUCUCCUGAAUGUUCCUUGACGCCCGCUUCAAUCCUGAGCGAGGGAGACACCGUCACAAUCACGUGCGAGUCAUCAGGGGGAGCCCCCCAGCCCACACUGACCUGGUCAAACGAUCUCGACGCUAACACCUUCUUCGGGAACCAAACCGAAGAUGAUUCCAGCGCGACCAACUCGGUCACUUUGGUAUUGACCACGGAGCUCAGCGGCGCCGUCUAUACAUGCAGGUCUACUCAUCCAGCUUAUACCGAGCCAAAGGAAUGCUCACUUCCGGCACUCCAAUUUGCUCUGAUUGCUACCAUCAAUGUUACUACUGAUACAAGCCGACUUACCAUCGAGGAAGACAAACCUGGUGAGAUCAUAUGCAGUGCUGUAGGUGACCCAGUGGUCCUGGGGUACAGAUGGUACUAUAACGGAGCAGAGAUCGGAAAUGAUGAUGGAAGGUUUGUCAUUGAAACGACCAAUGGAAAGGAUUCAUCUACGCUGACCAUAGGAAGUGCGACACUCAGUAUGGAUGACGCUACCGUGCAGUGUGAGGCAUUCAACCGUAUUGAUCAAAGACGUACAAACAUUGUAUUAACUAUUAAAGAGGAUAAUUUGACGACCUAUGUGCUGGCUGCCCUUGGUCUGAUUGCUACUAUCAUCUUUGUGGCGCUUGUCAUUGGAUUCAUCGUGUGGGUGUGCCAUAGGAUGAACAAGAGGAACAGAACAAUUCACCCUGAUGCUGAAGCUGAUGGCAUGACCAAACAGAUCCCCAACAAGAACUUCUUCAUCGGAGCUACUCACAUGGACAGCAUGCAGAACGGUGGCAUCACGAUGGAGGCUGUGGAUGAGAAGAAGAAGCACAAGAAACACCGAAAGCACAAGACAGACAAGAAGGACAAGAAGGAGAAGAAGGAUAAGAAACACAGGAAGGACAAGUCGAAGGUCCUUGAGCAUGAUUCCUCCAGGGCUCCUAACCCCCUAAGCACGCGUGAUGGUGAUCAUGAGGGACUACCAACCAUCGCAGGCUACAUCCGACCUAGUGCUGGUCGUGACCCAGGCGUCUAUCCUACCUACCCACCCAUGUACCCCAUCGAUGGACACUCACCGCUUCCCCACUACCAAGAUGGCUACCCACAGGGUGGCCCAAGCUCGGGGGACAGGUCAAGCCGAAGGGAUUCAAAGGACAGACCGGUACAAAAUGGAAAGAUCUCCCUGUCACCAGGAGAGUAUCAGAAGAGGGAUGAGUACGAGAGGAAGCUGAGGGAGCUCCAGGGUCUUAGGUCUGAUCUGGUCGUCCCGGAACCAGAGAAGAAGAAGAAGAAACACAGGAAGCAUAAGAAAGAUAAAUCCUAGAAUACAUCAACAUGAGCAAAGUGUAUGAAACAGAUGAACAGCGAUAAUUAUGCUGAGAGGUUUUACAACCGAGUCACAUUCUUGCCAUGUUUGAUAUCACUCCGCUAACGACUGGGGCUACAUUCUGUCACGUGACAUUAUCAUGACGUCAUCAGGUCCGUGUAAAGAGAAGACAGUAUUAUAACCUGAUUAGUACUGGUUUUAUUCUGAACUAAUGAAUAUUCAUCAUCCUGUGCUGGCAAGGUCGAGAGGCUUUCACCUGAUUGGUCUAGAGAUGAAUUAAGAAGCAAUAUUUAUGAACUUUACGAC